AUGGAUGGUGGACAGGGGAUUGAUGAGUUGGACUUGGCGCAUCACAGUGGUCACUGGUUACCAUCCAUCCUGAGAGUGUCUGCCGUGUAUCCACCGUCCACGCUGGGCCUUGGUAAUGGCAUCGAUAGCCCUCGAGAGCUCCGCUUCUUGGUGAUGCCGGGGCCCGCUGCCACCAUGCAGGCUAUCGACUUCCAGGAUGAGCGAGUGGCUCGAUUAUGA